UAUAGUUAUCAAGUUUAUUAUUUGCAAGUCUGAUUUAAAGUGGUUCACAACAUAGAAAUUUUUGUCUUUGCUCUUUCAUGUUUAUUUCGAUUUUUCUUUAGUGUUUAAGUGGAAAAUUGUAUUUCAAAUGGAUUGGACCAACGAUCUCGAGAUUACUUCUAAGAAGUUAAUACCACGCCUAGGUAGACGCGCAGGUCAAAACAAUUUUCAGGAAGAAAAUAAAUCUGAUGAUGAUCCUCUGGAGAGCCCAAUUUCAUUGUCAUCUGGAAAGUCUAUUCCUGCACAAAGGCCAAUGGUACCACCUCGUUCUAGGAAAACUGGCUGGGGUGAUGAAUUAAAAAGUGGCAAAUCAAAGACAGCAUCAAAUAUCAUUGAACAACUGUUUCUUAGGGAACGUUUUCGAGCAAUGGAGAAAGAGGAACUAGAAGAUGAUAUUCCUGUUAUACCAGAUUUGGAUGAAAUUCAGGAAGAUAAUAUUUCUCCUGAAAUUGCAAGUGCUCCUACAGUUAAUGCAAAUCGUGUAACCGCGUACGAAGAAUUGGAUACAGAUCUGGUAAAAAACGCAGCAUUUACGUCAUUGGAUGGUGUUAGUCUUUCGCUACUUGCAGAUAAACUUUAUAAUGAAAACUUAGUAAAAGAACCUGAUGAAGUUUGGAAUUGGAAUCUUCUUUUCACACAAAUUUCUUCUGAAAUUAAUAGCGAGACACAGAAAAAAAUCGAAACUUAAGAUGAUAUGUAAGUUCAUAGAGGCCUAAAUAUGUUAAUAAUGUGAAAUGUUUUCUUAUUUUACAUUCUUGAUUAAAAACGAGGCAUGUUUUUGAUGAUAUUCUGUCAUUUAAUUCUGACCUCUAAUUCUUUAUUUUUAAAUUAAGUUCAGAUGAUAAAGUAUUAACGUUGAAUAUAUGAAAUGCAAAAAUGGUAUGCGAUCGUAUUGCAAUUUAAUUAGAAUUUAUCUUAGAUACUUAUUUUAUAUAUAUUUAACACGCAUAUGUAAUUUGUUUAAUAUACAAUGUGCGAAUAAGGAAUAUUGAAGCCUAAUCUAA